UCUGGAGGAUGAUUCAGAUGUUUGAUUAAUCAAAGUUAAUUAAUGAACUGACUCGUUCCUUCAGACAACAACUGGCUGACUGAAAGUAACAUUAGCGUUACACCAACAGCACCUGAUGAAGUUACGUUAGCUUAGCUUAUUAUAUCUGUCGUCAUGGACGCCAUCAGGACUCGUCUGACGCAGUCUUCCUCAGUAGGCGUGGCUGAAGAUGAGGUGGGAGGAGCUCCGAGGGUGGAGAUGAGGUUUGUGACGGAGGCUGAGGAGGAGGUGGAGGCGGGGCCUAGCAGUGACAUCACAGCAUUGGUGCUGCGCCAUCGCCAUGGUUACAGGAGAGCCGGCGUGUUCCUGGGUGUGUGUGGGGUCGUCAUCUUCACCACAGCGUUCCUAUUGGCCUACGCAGUGUUUGGUGGGUGCUACCACUGCUCCCAGGUGGGGGGGCAGGAGGAUGAGCAGCAAGGGGGCGGGGCUAAACCACCUGCUGAAGGAGGGGCGGGGCUUUACUUGGGAGAGCUGAGAGUGAUGAUGAGGAGGCUGCUGCAGGAUGAAGAUAUCCACAACACAGUCAGUCGGGUCAGCAGAGCGAGUCACCCUCCAGGUUCCUCAGAGGGAACCUCUCUGGCCUCAGAGAUCCUGCGUCGCCUCAGACAGCUGCAGAUGGAUCACACCUGGACCGAGUCGCUGUACGCCACGUUGCAGUUCCCAGAGAGGUCUCAGAGGAGCUCUCUGUGGCUGCUGGACUCUGCAGGAAUGGUCUCAGAACAGAUUCCCCUGAACCCGUCUGACUACUGUCCAUACAGCGCCACAGGAAGUACCACGGGGGGCGUGGUCUAUGCCAACUAUGGCCGUCCAGAGGAUUUUAAUUGGCUGAAGAGUGUGGGCGUGUCUGUGGUUGACUCCGUGGUGGUGAUGCGUGUCGGGGGUGGGGUCAGUUUUGCAGAGAAGGUCAGGUUGGCUGAAAGGAAUGGGGCGGGCGGGGCCUUGAUCUACCCCGACCCCGCCGACCUGCCGCAGGACCCCCGACGCCUUGGACUGAACACACACACUGCCGUGUCUGAACAUGUCCACCUGGGGUCAGGUGACCCCUUCACCCCCGGCUUUCCCUCCUUCAAUCACACUCAGUUCCCAGCCAUCCAGUCCUCCGGCCUGCCACUCAUCCCAGCCUUGCCAAUCAGUGCCACUGUAGCCUCCAAGCUGCUCAGCCAGCUGUCAGGUCCAUCCUGCCCUCCGUCAUGGCGGGGUCGGCUGCCGUAUGUGAGCUGCGUGGUUGGUCCAGAGUUCAGCUCUGGACGCAGAGUCAAGAUGUCGGUGCACAACGCCAUGACGCCUGUCCUGCUCAACAACAUCUUCUCCUCUCUGGAGGGCCGCGUCGAGCCAGACCAGUACAUCAUCCUGGGAGCUCAGAGGGACUCGCUGGGUCCAGGAGCCGUGAAGUCUGGUGUUGGAACAGCGAUCCUCCUGGAGCUAGCUCGAACGUUCUCUGCUAUGGUGAAGAACGGUUUCAGUCCCAGACGCAGUUUGCUGUUUGUCAGCUGGGAUGCUGGAGAUUUCGGGAACGUUGGAGCCACUGAAUGGCUCGAGGGUUACCUGUCCAUGCUCCACCUGAAAGCUGUAGCCUACUUCAGUCUGGACCAGGCUAUCAUGGGUGAUGAUGUCCUGUCGGCCUACAUCAGUCCUCUGCUGGUCGACCUGCUGGACGCUGCCAUCAGACAGGUGGAGCAUCCUAAACAUGCAGGUCAGAGCAUCUACAGCCAGGCUGAAAGAGAGGGCGGCAGCUGGAGGAUAAUGAAGCCGUUGUAUCUGAACAGCGGAGCGUACAGUUUCACAGCGUUCGCAGGAGUUCCAGCUGUGGAGCUCAGAUUCAGCGAGGAGCGAGCUUACCCGUUUGUCAACACGCCAUUGGACAGCGCCUCCCGGCUACAGGAAGUGCUGGGGGGUCGUCUGGGGAUCGCAGGGCGGAGCCUGGGGGAGCUGGUGGGGGAGAUGGUGCUGAGAUUGGCCCACGACCACAUCCUUCCGCUCCGCAUCACUUCCUACGCCCAGACAGUGCUGCAGUUCAGCGCCCAGCUCAACAAGCACUCUGCUGAGCUGCAGUCCAGAGGUUUGUCUCCUCAGUGGGUUUUCAGUGCCAGAGGAGAUUACAGCCGAGCAGCCGAGACGCUGCAGAGAGCUAUCGACUACAGCGACCUGCAUGACCCGACGACUGCUCGCUUCUACAACACUCGCAUCAUGAGGGUGGAAUACUACUUCCUGUCUCAGUACGUGUCAGUGGUGGAGACGCCGUUCCGUCACGUGAUCCACGGCCGCGGUGACCACACUCUGACAGCACUUACUGAGCACCUGGCCUUGCUGACCUCCGACCCUGAACGCUUCGACGAGAAACGCUUCAGACGGCAGCUCGCUUUCUUUACCUGGACGCUGCAGGGAGCCGCCAACGCCCUGACCGGAGAUGUGUGGAGCAUACACAACACACACACAUAUACACACUGAGACACAUGCACACUGUGACACACAUACAGGUGCAUCUCAGAAAGAAUAUUGUGAGAAAGUUCAUUUGUUCUGUAAUUUAUGUCAAAAAGUGAGACUUUCAUAUAUUCUAGAUUCAUUACACAUAAAGUGAAAUAUUUUUUACUUUUUGUUUUAAUCUUAUAUAUCUUAACCUUUCUAUAGGUUUAUGUUUACCUAGUCAUCAAAACAAAUUCCUUGUAUGUGUAAAAACAACCUUGCAAUAAAUCCGAUUCUGAUUACUCACUGAUAGAAAGGUAUCAUCUGCAUAGCAAAGAAAUUUUAUACUGUGGUUCCUA